AAUAGAUGAUAAAUAAAAAAAUGGCGUGUCUCAUUGUCGCCGCCGCGACGGCAAGGGCUUGGCAUAUUGCGGGGAGGGGAUACACACAAUAUACCCUUUACAAGAGAGAAAACGAGACAGAUAAAUAAAAACGAGAAAGAUAGAUAGAAACUAGAGCUGAGAGAGGAGAGAGACAAGUUCUCGGCAACCCGUUGAAACGUAACGAAACACUGUGUAAGCCGUAAGGUGGGGAAGUGCGAGGGGCAGCCAUGACAGUCGUUCUGUAAUUUUUUGCAAAAAAAAUCAUACAAAAUUUAAUUAUUAUUUAAACAAAAUACAAAGUCACAGUUAUUUAUAUUGUAAACAAAUAUAUUUAUCUAAACAAGUGUAUUAAUAUUUAUGUUUGUGUUUUGUGUUGUGUAUGCGUGUGUGUUUUUGUGUUCAAUGAAUGAGAGAGCCAUAAGUAUAUUAACAACAGCGUGGCCAUUAUCAUUUUGAUAUUAAAAAAAAAAAAAACUUGUGGGUACUUGCGGCGGUGGUGAGACGUCAAGAGUUUUUUUUAUUAAAAAUUAUCAGCGAUUUUUUUAAAAAAUAUACACAACAACUUUAACAAACACAAAAGUGCAUUAAAAAAAAAAGACUGUGAUUAGAGUGAAAUAAUUAUUAUUAAAAAAAGAAGCCAACAAUUGGAUAAAAAUAAAAAAAAAACAAGUUAAAUUAAAACAAAGUAGACAAGGUGAGAAUGAAAAAUGGAGAGUAUCAGAGUAAAUUUUUAUAAGAUAAAAGCAAUCAUUAAACAAAGAUGAAUAGUGAACAACAUGCCUUGCCAGCGACGUCGCAGGCACAAGAGGGAAUAAACACGAUUGGCCAAAAUGCUCAUCGUUCUUCUUUUCGUAUUGAUUUGGAAAAUACAACAACAACUACAACAACAACAAUAACAACACCAUCAUCAUCGUCAUUAUCAUCAACAACAAGUGUUGGUUAUAUUGGCAAUGCAAUUCAACAUUCAUCUGAUGAUCGUCGUGUAGGUACAGCAGAUGUUACAUUAGCAUCAUCAGUAGCUAAAUAUUUAGUACUGACUCAUUUUUUUCCUGGACAAAUACCACAAGUUUAUCAACAAUCACAAACAAAUAAUAAUCAAAGAAUAAAUGAUAGUAAUCAAUUAUUGACAAAAGAAUCAAUAACAGCAUUGACACAAAAUAUGGAAAUGUCAAAUAAUAAUUCACAACAUCAAACAAUAAUUACAACAUCACAACAACAACAACAACAACAACAACAACAACAACAACAACAACAACAACAACAACAACAACAUCAUCAUCAACCGACAAUUACAACAAGCAGUCAUCACACUACACUUCAAUCGACUGCGCAGAUACCUGUGUCAUUACCUGGUUUAACACUUGAUACAUCACACAUACAAGCCAGUCAUUUACAGGUAACACACGCCCAAAUGCAACAACAAUUGCAAUCACAACAGCAACAGUUGCAUGCCCAACAACAGCAACAACAACAGCAGCAACAGCAGCAGCAGCAACAACAACAGCAAGCACAUCAUCAAAUGCAAGCUCAUCAAAAUGCCCAGAAUAAUGUAUCAAAUUCACAAAAUCAAUCUGUCAAUCAAGCAGGAGAUCAUAAAGUAAAAGAUGAAGGUGGUAGCUGUACAACUGAACGAUGCAGUGAUAGCCAAGUUCAUUGUCAAGUACAAUGUGAUCUUCAACUUCAACCUCAACAAGAUUUACAACAAACAUUGAUGCAACAACAAAAUCAACAACAACAAAUUAGUGUUGGUAUCAGUGGUGGUAAUUCAACAACCACUGUUAAUCAAAAUAAUUCUGAUAAACCAGACAAAGAAAAAGAUAUUAUAAGACAACAAAUUAUGACACAAUUUCAAGUACCAGAACUUAAACCAGGUGGUCAUAUGAUGGAUGUAAGAACAGCUGAUGGUUCUGUUGUUAAAAUAAGUGCAGGAAAUGAACAAGAUCUUGCUAAAACACUUGGUGCAGAAAUGGUACAGAAUAUGUAUAAGGUUAAUGUUGAUGAUUUAAAUCAAAUAUUGGCAUAUCAUGAAGUAUUUGGUAAACUUCAAAGUGAAAUUGCUGCUGGUACAACACUUGUUAGUAGUGCAGUACCAACUCAAACAGUUGCAACAAUACAAAAUGGUGCAACACAAAUUGCACAAUCAGUACAAUUAAAUAAAUUUGAAUUAAAAACAGUUGAUGGUGAAGUUGCACCUGGACCAAGUGGUUCACCAGUAUCAGCUGGUAGUCAUGCAUGUGAUACUUGUGGUAAAAUAUUUCAAUUUCGUUAUCAGCUUAUUGUACACAGACGUUAUCACAAUGAACGUAAACCAUUUACAUGUCAAGUUUGUGGUAAAGCUUUUACCAAUGCUGCUGAUUUGACUCGUCAUGGUAAAUGUCAUUUAGGUGGUUCAAUGUUUACUUGUGAAGUAUGCUUUCAUGUAUUUGCAAAUGCACCAUCACUUGAACGUCACAUGAAACGUCAUGCAACUGAUAAACCAUACAAUUGUACUGUAUGUGGUAAAAGUUUUGCAAGAAAAGAACAUCUUGAUAAUCAUACUAGAUGUCACACUGGUGAAACACCCUACAGAUGUCAAUAUUGUGCUAAAACUUUUACAAGAAAAGAACAUAUGGUUAAUCAUGUACGUAAACAUACUGGUGAGACUCCACAUCGUUGUGAAAUAUGUAAAAAAAGUUUUACCCGUAAAGAACAUUUUAUGAAUCACGUAUUGUGGCAUACUGGUGAGACACCACAUCAAUGUGAAGUUUGUGGUAAAAAAUAUACACGCAAAGAACAUCUUGCAAAUCAUAUGCGAUCACAUACAAAUGAUACACCAUUUCGUUGUGAAAUAUGUGGCAAGUCAUUUACGAGGAAAGAGCAUUUUACGAAUCACAUAAUGUGGCAUACUGGUGAAACACCUCAUCGUUGUGAUUUUUGCUCAAAAACAUUUACAAGAAAGGAACAUUUAUUGAAUCAUGUACGGCAACACACCGGAGAGUCACCUCAUCGUUGUGGUUUUUGUUCAAAAUCAUUUACCAGAAAGGAACAUCUUGUUAAUCACAUUCGUCAGCAUACAGGUGAAACUCCAUUUCGUUGUCAGUAUUGUCCAAAAGCAUUUACUCGUAAGGAUCACUUGGUAAAUCAUGUCAGGCAGCAUACAGGUGAAUCACCACACAAGUGCCAGUAUUGCACAAAAUCAUUUACAAGAAAGGAACAUUUGACAAAUCACGUACGUCAACAUACAGGUGAAUCGCCACAUCGUUGUCAUUUUUGUUCAAAGUCAUUUACACGUAAGGAACAUUUAACAAAUCAUGUAAGAAUUCAUACUGGUGAAUCACCACAUCGUUGUGAAUUUUGUCAACGUACAUUUACAAGAAAAGAACAUCUUAAUAAUCAUUUACGUCAACAUACUGGUGAUUCUUCACAUUGUUGCAAUGUUUGCUCCAAGCCAUUUACAAGAAAGGAACACUUGGUAAAUCAUAUGCGAUGUCAUACUGGUGAACGUCCAUUUGUUUGUACCGAAUGUGGUAAAAGUUUUCCAUUAAAAGGAAAUCUUCUAUUUCAUAUGCGUUCACAUAAUAAAGGCAGUACUGCUGAACGUCCAUUCCGCUGUGAUUUAUGCCCAAAAGAUUUUAUGUGUAAAGGACACUUGGUGUCACAUCGUCGUUCACAUUCAGAUGAAAGACCACACAGUUGUCCUGAUUGUGGUAAAACAUUUGUUGAAAAAGGUAAUAUGCUUAGACAUUUAAGAAAACAUGCUGCUGAAGGUUUACCAACACAAGUACCAAUACAAGUACCAACACAAGUUACAACACCAGCAACAAUAUCACAAACUGGUGUUAUACCAAUACCAAUACCAUUAUCAACAACUGCUGCAGUACUUGUUAGUCAUCAAUUAACACAACAGCAACAACAGCAACAGCAGCAGCAACAACAACAACAACAGCAGCAGCAGCAACAACAACAGCAACAACAACAGCAGCAGCAACAACAACAACCAACAACAACAACACCAGUUGUACCACAACACACUGUUGUUGUACCUACACCACCUGGUGUACUUACAUCAUAUUAAAUUUAUUAAUUGACCAAUUUAUUAUUAUUUUUUAUUUUUAUUAAUCAUGAAAAACUAAAAAUACUAGCAUAAAGUUGUGCAAACUUUAAUAUGACAAACGUUUUAUCAUUAUCAAUAAAAAUCAUUAAUUCUAGAUGAAAAUAUAUAUAGUCUAGAGAAAUAUUCGAUUAACAUUAUCGAAAAUGUGAAACAUUUUUGUUUUUUUCUAGUAUUUUUUAAAUGUAUUUUUAAAAAAAGUGGUUAUAUAUUUGUUUAUUGAUUCAUUUACUUUUUGUUACGAUAAAAACUAGAAAAAAAAAAAACAUUUUAAAAAUAAUCAUGACUUGAUCUUGAAUGGAUCUUUUUAUUAUUAUUUUUUAUUUUUUGUUUUCAAAUUUUUUUUUUUUAUAAAUAAAUACAUAGAUAAAAAUAAUUUUAUAAAAAAAAAAAAAAAAGAUACACAAUGUAGAUAAAAUUAUUGUAGAGUUCAUUAUUCUGUAACAUCUUAAUUAAGUGAAUGGUAAAUGAAAAAAAAAAACAAUAUAUAUAAAAAAAAUUAUUUCACUUAAAAUAUAUUAGCCGUUAUUUUUGCAGUGCAAUAUAUUUCGGCUGCUUUUUGUUGUUUAAUUACAAAAUCAUUAUUGAGAUAAAGAUAUAGGAAAAGAAAAAAAAAAAAAAAAAAAAAAUUCCAAUAUCAUUAUAAAUCAAUUAUUUACUUUGUUAUUUUAUUUUGAAGAAUUAAAAAAAAUAAAUAAAAGAAUUAUUUUAAAUAAAUGAUUUUUAAAAAUUAAAUAUUACGAUUUAAUUUAUAUAAUCGAUUUAUAAAUCAUUUAAGGCCAUGUAUUUCGUAUUAAGAUAUAUGAAUAAAAAAAAAAGAAAAAAAUGAAUAACAAUUAAUUGACUUGUAAAAAAUUAAUUGAUAAUAGUGGAUACAAAUAAUUUUGUGACACAGUGACAGUUUUUAAUUAAUAAUUCAAACAACAAAACUGUGCAAAGCUGUGAAUUCUUUUUUCUACCUAUUAAUUGUCAAGUAUAAUUACCAAGAAAUUUCAUUAUUGCUUGGCAAUUAAAACUGUCUAACAUACGGGCAUAGCAAUUAUGUAUAAUAUUUUAUAAAAAAAAAAUACUUUAAUAGGCAUGGAAUAGAAAUUAAAAAAUAAUAAAUUAAUAAUUCAAUUUUAAAUAAAGAAAAAUAAUAAAACACAUUACAUUUAUAUGUAUGGUACUUCAAAAUGUAAUAAGCACACGAUAAUAAAAGAAAAAAAAAUUAUUAUCAUUAUUAUUAUUAUAGAAAAAUACGUGUGAUAUCCCAAAAUGGGUUUGAUUAAAAAUGAAAAAAUGAAAAAAAUACUAAAUAAAUAAAAAACAAAAAAAAAAAUUUAACAUUUAAAUAAAAACCCACGUAGAACUUCUAUAGAUUCGUAUGAAAAAAAAAAAACAUUUAUAAUAAAUUAAUUAUAAACAAUUAGUAUGUCCUAUAAAAUUUAAUGUUUAACAAAAAAAAACGUAAAAAGUAUCACAAAAUAACCAAAAGAAUGCAAUUUUUUUUUUUCUAAAAAAUAUAAAGCAAACCAAAAUGAAAAA